UUUGUUUCUUGUUCGAUUGUGAAUUGAGGAAAUGGCGAUUCGAGAUCUAUACGUAUACGGUUUUUUUUUAAUUUCAGUUCGACUAAUUUGAGAAUGUCACAAGAUCAGAUCGAUUCGUUGACAGAGUUUUGGGGGGCACAGCAAGAAUGGAAGAAGAGUAUGAGAGUCGUCGAGUGAGGAGAUGGGAAGAGUUGGACACUGACAUCUUAGUAAGAAUUUUCCAGAAGUUUAGCGUCUUCGAGCUGACUUCUGGAUUAGCUCAUGUUUGUAGAGGAUGGAGAGCUGCUUGUUGCGAUCCGAUUCUGUGGAAGACUCUUGAUUUGUCACACAUGAGAUCUAGUUUCAUCAAGAUCCCAUUAGAGCCUUAUGUCUAUGUUGAACGCCGAUCUGAUGAGGCCUUGACCCGCAUCCUGAGACUCUCCAUGAGCCUUAGCGGAGGAAACACCAGGACCUUGAUCUUCCAUUUCAACUUGUUUCUGAGUGAUGAUCAGCUUACUUACACCGCAGAAAGGUGUCCAGGGUUGAGACGGGUUGUCCUGCCGGCUUGGAACAGAAUAAAGAAGACUGGUAUAUGCAAAGCGAUAAGAAUCUGGAAAGAUCUUGAGUCACUAACAAUGCCGAGCAUCGCAAACCCGCCUUAUCUCUUAACAGAAAUCGCCAAGAACUGCAAGAAUUUUAAAGAGCUCAAGAUCAUGGGUCCAUUUGAGGUCUUCUUUGCAAACACACUUAUCAGCUGCCUCCCAAAUCUCAAAAUCCUCAGCCUUAGAUGCUCAGCGAUAAAGCAGGAAGCGCUCUUGAAAAUCCUUGACGGAUUACCGAGCCUUGAAGUGCUCAACAUAUCACACUCUCACCUCGUGGAGUACAGCGGUUGGCAACCGCAGCAGAAGGUGAUUAUUAGAGAGCUGGAUAAGACGAUAACGGAGAAAACGGGGAGGUUGAAGAGGUUCUUGACUUGUAUGGAGCACAAGACGUGUGUGAUGUGUCAGAGGACAGAGAACGAUGAAGGGAUAGUGAGAUGGUAUAAAUACGAGGAAGGAGAGUGGAAGGUUGAUGAAGUGACUUCUCUUCAUCUUUGAUGAUGUCUUUGUGAUUUUUUCUCUUUGUGAAAACUUUUAACUUUCUUCUUUGUUCAUUUGAGUUGAUUUGUGGGUUGUUUUGAUAUAAACGUAUUAUGUGUAUAUAUAUGUAGGCAAAUGCGAAUGUUUGUUUGUAAAACUUGUAGUGAUCAACUUUGGAUCACCAACUUUGACACAAGUAGGAAAAUAAAACAUUAAACUUUUCAAAUGUUA